CAUAGGGGUUGAGAUUGUUAGAAGCAGUUAUGAUCGGGAGCUGUGUGAGUGCAACAUGACUCACCUCACUUCUGUUAAGGUCCUCGUUCUUGGUAGCAAAAAAGUAGGAAAAUCAGCUGUGAUAGUAAGAUAUCUCACCAAGCGCUACAUAGGAGAAUACAGAUCGAAUUCAGAUUGGAUGUACAAACAAGCCAUAACGUGUGACGAUACCGCUACAAAUGUAGAAAUAUUCGAUCUUUCUAGAUGGUCGGAGGAAGAAUACUUUCCAGUGGAACAGAUACGAUGGGCCGAUGCCGUAGUGGUGGUGUACAGUAUCUGCGAACGAUACAGUUUCAAUUAUGCUUUACAAUGCUUAGAAGCCGUACACAAAGUGAAAGCACCAAGUUACAUUCCAAUAGUGUUGCUAGGUAACAAAAGAGACUUGGAACACGGCAGGGAAGUGAGCGUCGACGAAGGGCACGAGCUCAGUUUGCAGUUAGGAUGCCAAUUUUACGAAGUGUCCGCGGCGGAGAGCUAUGUGGGUGUUAAUUUAGCGAUCCACUCGCUGAUACGAGAAGCUCGGACACUACAAUUGCAGCGAACUUUGCCACGUCACAGAAAACUGAGUAUCAUCACGGUUUCUAAGGUGUUCGGUGCUGUGUUCGGCAAGAACAAUGCCAAAACUACGACUAGAAAAAGGAGAACGUCGUUUUCUUUGUGAGGAAGAAAACGGGUGCCAGACAGACGGACGAACUUUAUUCUUUUUGUUGAAAGACUGCCAGAAGCGUCCUUUAGUUCUGUUUGUCUUGGUAUAAAAAUGGACGAAAGCCUGUGUGCCUUUCGAGCUUCAACAAAGACAUUUGUGACACUAUCCUUUGUCUUAUGUACAUCUUCACUGCUGUGUAUAUAUUCUCGUUUUAGUUGUAUAGAUUUUUCUAUAUUGUAUCUAGUCUUCUAUUGUACAGAAUCUUUUGUAAAUAAAAGGAAAUCUUUUAAAUUU